AAAGCAACAAUGAUUGAUGAAAAACAUAAUUUAGUUAAAAUUAUUGAUAAAGAUAUUAAUAAAGAACCAAUCUUCUUUACUGCUCAACCAGAUCAUAUUGUUUAUGAAAAUGAACCACCUCAAACAAAAUAUUAUGUUAAUUUUACAUAUGAUACAAGCGAUGCAGUUUAUUUAAGUUAUCUUCGUUCAAAUCUUAACUGGAAAACACGUUAUCAAUUGAAUUUAUUUGAGAAUGUGAAACCUGCAACUUUCAUUGCUAUGGCUGAUAUUCGAAAUGAUGGACAAUCAAAAGUUGAUAUUGAAUCUGCAGAACUUUUAAGCGAUGAUAUUAACUUAAAGGUACACCCAAAGCCGAAUUAUACACCAAUGCUCUUUCAAGGGAGUCACAAUAACUUUCCAAAUUCGUUCAUAGGUAUAGGUAACUCAUUAUUCAAAAAAUCAGUUGGACAAGGAGAAGAAAUAUUCGAUUUAUAUGUAUUUUCUAUCACUGAACCAAUAUCAAUUAAUGCUAAAACAAAUUAUCUUUUACCAAUGUUGCAUCCACAAGUGAUUGUGGAACAAUAUGCUUCUAUUUCAACACACUUCAAUGGUGCUGGAAAUGUAAGUGGUAAAGCUGAACGUACAUUUUGUCUUUCAUCUGAUCGUUCUCUCUCACGUGGUGAUUGCAUUAUACGUGAAUCUGAUCGUCUUGUUGAUCAAACAUAUCUACCAGAUAUAGCUGCUAAACAUAAACAUGAAUUUUCCGUUGGUAAAGAUGCUGAUAUAGUCUACAAAGAAAAUGCAACAUUAGUCUCUUCAUUUAGUCUGAAUACAACCACUUCACUUCACGACUUUAUUACAACAUCAAAACCUUUAACAUACGAAAUCAAUUUAUCAGUGAAAAAUUACAAGACAAAUCGUGCAGUUAAAAUUGACUAUCAAAAGCAUAUGUUUAGUAGUUCAAUCAAAUUGGUUACAUCAAAUGCAAAUAUUACACUUGAAAAUUCAAUAAUUAAAUAUACAACAAUAUUAGAAGCGAAUGAAGAAAAAAUAUUAACCUAUACAUUUGAAAUAACCAAUCGUUACAUUGGAUUAACCAUACAUACUCUAAGUAUCCAUGGCUUAUUAGAUAGUUUCAGAAAAAAACCUAUAGCCAGUACUAGUGAUCUUCGUGUUCUUGCAAACGUAAAAAUUUAUUCAAAUCUUGCUGAAAUCAUUCAACCACUUGGCAAAUUACCAAUUGAAUUCUCAUCUGAAGAUUGGAAUAAUAUCCGUUCUGAUUCAGUCACACUUGUCGGCAAUAAUGUCACUAUAACACAACAAACACUUACUGAAAAGAAAAAAUCACUUAACAAUGCUCAAGUUUAUGUUCGUGCACCAUCAUCAUCAAAUACUGAAACAAAAUUUGUUAAAGCAACAAUGAUUGAUGAAAAACAUAAUUUAGUUAAAAUUAUU